UGCAGCCUUUCUCAUGAGAACCUGAAAGGGAAAGUCUCUUCAAUAUCUUUCAAGACGUGGAAAUGCCUCGAUUAUUCUCUUCUUCAACGUGCAUUGCCUCAGGAAUCAUCUUGCCGUGGUGAGAGUUCCUCUCAUCAGGUAUUUAUAGAUCUUCCGUCCGUCGCGGGUCGCGUAAACGGAAGCGUGAAUUUUGAAGUCCAGACACGAUCUCUUCGCUCUCCCCCCCACUCCAUUAGCAACUCCCCAACCUCUCGAUCUACGCUCCCAAUGCUUUCCACUGUUUCGCCCCGACUAUUUGCACUGCAGAGAAAGCUUUCCUUGUUCCAGUAACCGGUCAGACAGAGGAGAUAAUCCAGAUGGCGACCCCGAUAGGUCCGCCAGUCCUGCCGGGCUUCUCACUCCGAGUCCAGCUCUUCUCGCCCACCGCGUAUGGAGAGGAUGACAAACCGAUCCGAUGUUUUCGCGUCGUGACCAGCCCAGAUGUCACAGUGAGCGAGUUCUGCGCCGAGGCGUCAAGGAUACACAGGAUCAACUAUGGAGAACAGAUUGCGAUCAAGAAGAUCCAGGACGAUCAAGGGUUUGAUGUGACCCAGGCUGAGAUCGUGGGGACCGUGUUCCCGUCUCUAGCUACGGUACGGGUUAUACAAGCUUCAAAUGCCCCUGGCAUGCGCGAUUCUGUGCCGCCCAACUCAGCUCUUCGAUACAAUCCAGAGCUCAAUACGAAUGGCAAGAGGCAGAGGGAAGGGAGCGCUCAGCCGAACGGCGUGCCGCCGAGUUCAUGGAAACCGAAUAAGAGGCAAAGAGUCCCCGAUCCGGACCAACCUCUUCCUUCGCUCGAGAGAGAGCUAGAUGUUAUUCCUGAGGAUCAGGCUACGCGGAGUGGGAGCGCUAUCCCCGAUUCGCAGCAGAGCACGCAGAAUGGGCUGCUGCCACAUCAUUCCAACAUGCCAAGCACAGUUGAACAAUCGCCAAUCCUGCCACCAAACCGUUUCCCUCCGACUGCGAGCGCGAACGAUAAUACAAGACGAGCUACCGAUGGAGGCACAUCUGUUUCAACUGCGGCUAUUACCCCAUUGUUGGGCGUUCAACAUACUCCUGGGAAUCGAGCAUCUGCAAGGAGGAAUAACGUGUUAGAUCCAGCCUCAAAAGUCACAGUUAAUGGGAAGGCUCCCUCGGGGUCACCUAACGAGGACACGAUCUACGAGAACAUUGAAUCUGAUAGUGAAAGUCCCGCCGCAAUUCUGAACAAGACAAAGGCUUCCUUGAGGAAGAGCAAGAAUAGUCCCCGGAGUGGAUUACCGGGAUUAGAAUGGUCUAAUCAGUUCAAUACUCCUCCAAGCGGAAAGCGUCGCAAUUCUCGCUCUCAAGAACAGGCCGCCUCUGCUUCUCCUUCUGCGUCUGAGCUACCCCUGACCCCGGGCAGUAAGCAGCGCGAGGAGAAAAGGUUACAGAAGCAGCAAGAAGAUGAAGCCAGGAAAGCGCAGAAGGCUGCCGCCGCAGCGGCGGAACAGCGAAGACGAGAAGCCUCUGAGCAAAGGAAGCGUGAGGCUGAAGAGGCGCGCCAAGCCGAAGAAGCCAGGAUCGCGGAAGAGGCUCGGCUGAAAAGAGAGGAAGAAGAAAGAAAAGAACAGGAGAAGCGGGCUGCAGUGAUGGCUAAGGCUGCACAGUUAGAAAAUGAGAGGCUCAAGAAGAUCGAGGCGGAUAAGAAAGCUGAAGAAGAACGACAGGCCGAGGAGAAGCGGCGGGAACAGGCCAGAAUCGAGAAAGAAAGGGAAGAAAAGGAGCAAGCUGAGAGACUGAAGCAAGAGGAACAGACAAGAGUCCAGAAAGAAAAACAGGAAGCAGAGAGGGUCGAAAAGGAGAAGGCUAAGGCUGACGCCGAAGCCGAAAGAUUACGGGAGGAAGAGAAGCAGAAAGGCGCUAUGGAAUCCGCUACGGCUGAGCCCAAAAAGGGGAAGGGAAAGAAGAAGACUGCGGCAGCAGAGAGGAGACCAUCUUCAGCAUCAGUGGAAUCUGCAAAAUCAGAGACACCCAUUCGCCCAGGUUCCUCCAGCAAGCCUCAAUCCUCUACUCCUUUUAUCCCCAAUGGCCGAAAGUCAGCUCUAAAAUCCUCCCAAGCCUUGAGAAGCUCCUCGCCGAUGCACCAGAGUUCGCCGCCUGAUGAUCCUCGAUUGUCUCAGGUAGCAAAUGGCACAACUAGACGUGUCUCUUUCAAUAUCAACGAAUCACCGACAGAGUCCAAGACUGUGACCCCGUCACGAAAAUCUGGGAAAUUGCAGGAAGUGCCGCUGGAGAAACGAUCGCAAACUCCAAUUCUACCACCAAAUAUGAACAGGCUUAAGAAUUCUACGCCGUUGAGACAGUCAAUCCUCCCGCCAAAUCAGGGCGCUGCAGCCAAAACCCCAACUACAACCCCCUCGCCAAAGGUUGUUGCAAAGGGUCCCUCCCCUAAACCCACUCCCCCGUCGAAGAAGAGCGAAGCUCCUAGUUCAAGAUCAGCCAAAGAAAAAUCCAGAUCCGUGGAACCGGACCCCGCUCCGACUCCAACGAUUGAUGUCUCAUCCGAUGACUCUGAUGAUUCGGGAUCGGACGAAGAUAUCCCUGCGAGGGUCGACCCAGCCAAACUCCUUAACGAUUCACUCCUAUCUGGCAAACAAUCCCAGCCCGCAGUUGCCAAACCUCAACCAGAACCUGAAGGGCAGGACGAAGAAAUGAAGGACGCAGAAGAGCAAGACGAAGAUGUAGAGAUGGCAAGCAGCCAUUCGUCGCCUCGGGAGAGUCGAUCGCCUGUCAUCUUCAACCAGCAUAUCACUCCUUUGAAACCGGCAGCAGCUCUUGAACUCCCGAAGUCCGCGGAAGACGUUGAGAUGGAAUCCGGAAGUGAUUCUUCGUCGGGCGAAGACGAAGAAGAGGUGGAUGAGGAUGAAAAAGAAACGUCAUCCGAUGAGAAAGAUGAGGAUGAGGAAGAGACUGAAGAGAAGAACACGAUUCAAAUCCCACGAUCCUCUCUCGAACUCCCCCACGCGAACUCCCAACCUGCUAGGCCUUUAGGGAGCCAGAAACAACGUAAGAACCAACUCAUCCCCAGCGAUGAUGAAUCAAACACCCAAGACGAGAUCGAUUACCAACUAACCUCUUCUAUGUAUGAAGUGCACUCUUCUUCCGCCUCGCAGGAAGCUGUCAAGAGCCCGCCGCCAACACAGGUUCCAACCAGUAGCAUCAGACCAACAUUUAAGAUCGGUGCUAGUCUCCAGAGUCUGAACGAGAAGAGCAAGAACCUUUCUUCAAAUGGAAAGAGUAGCAGUCAACCCGGGACAACCGGAACGAUGGCGAAUGGCAGAUGGCAGCUGAAAUCCGACGACGAAGAAGAGACUGAAGACGAGGAAUCCUCCUCGGACGAAUCAUCCGACGGCGAAAAGGCAGCCGCAUUCGCAGCCCAACUCACACACGCCCAAUCCAUCCCCCUCCCAGACUCAGAUUCCGAAUCCGGGAGCAGCGACGACGAGGAUAGCGACUCGGAGGUCCAGAACAUCCGGAACGAGCUCGCAGCCGACGUGGCGCGCAUGGCGCGCACUUCCUCCCAAGUGAGCAGCAAGCCCUACCCUCCCACCAGCUCCUCGCAGCAGCAGCAGCAGCAGCCGGAGAAGGAGAAGGCAGCAGCAGCCGGUAAAGAUCGGAGCCGUGUCGCGGGCAAGGAUCUAGCGAUGGAGGAGAAGAAAAAGAGAGAUAGCAAGUAUCUGAACGGCUAUAAGUUCUCGCAGAUCGCCUAAGGACUGUGGAAAGCUAUCAGGAGUAUCGAUCAAUGUUGAAUUCAGCACUGAAGAAAGAUAGAUAAGAUAGUCUGCUUGCUUGCUUUCUUGUCUUCCUCCUCUUGCUUCUU